ACUGGCACCAGGUACCAGGUACCACCGUACCCAGUGGUACGUGCCAAGAGAAGAACAACAUCGAAUCUUCUGCGCGGCCCAAGCAAACUGCACAAAACCAAAAACCAAAAGCCAUGCAACUUUCCUUCUGGAUGAUCAGCUUGAGAUAGGAAGAUCACCAUCUAUCGACUAGAGAGCCACAUCUGUACAGUCUCAGGCCUCGUUGUAGAUUCGAGUUAUAUUUCUUGAUUGUUGGAGGAAAAGGAUUUUAUUGGAGCUACCCAAAGUCCCAAACAACCGGUGGAGUUGAGUUGCUUUUUAUCAUAUUUCUGUUGCAGAAUGACAAGUGAUAAUAAAUUGAAACUUCGGUUGGCUCCUUUGGUGGUUGGACUGGUUGUACUGUUCUGUUUGUAUGGAGAUUUCAUGGGCAGCAAACGAUUUUCAAGAGCUUAUCUUGAUUUUAUUGGGGAUCCAAAAAACUCUACGAAAACGUCGACUGUUGGUCGCAAUGAGACUGGUACUACUUCUUUUACCACCACCAGCAACAAGACUGCAGCUGCUGCCAACAUCAGCAAGCCUGCCUCUGAACAAGCUCCUCAGAUCACCCUUGCAACUGAACAAGCACUUUCUGAGCUUCAGACAAAAUCUGAUUCUGAGCCUCAUCCUGAACCCAAUAUAAAAUCUGAUCCUGAUCCUGAUCCUGCUACAGCCACAGCUACCCAACCUCAAUCUGAGCCUAAGCCUGAGCCUAAGCCUGAGCCUGUAGUUGAAAAUCCAUCUCAAUCCACUCCACCUCCAGCACCACCAGAACAACCUCAAGGAAGACUCUACAACAGUGAGAAGGAUGACAUUCAUCAAGGCGCUAGAUUUCCCAAUGGGACCAUGGGCUACAUUGUGGAUGUCUACAAGGUUAGAAAUGCGUUUAUCCAACGAUACCGAGAUAGCAUCGGUGAUACUACCAACACGGCCAUGCCACCUCUCUCGUACAUGCCAAUUUCACCCGGAGGAGACUUGGACGAAGUUUGCAACAAACCCCUCCGCCAAGGAGCCGAAUUGAUUGGGUGGCCCAUUCUCUUCAAAAUUGUACCGGAUUCACCCAAUCCCACCAAACAAAAUGAACCCAAUGUGACCAAAGUGGACAAUGUGGAAAUUCUUCCCACCACUCCACAACCACGCAUCACUCUACCAGAAGAUGGCAUUCACAAGAAAUCCAAUGGCACCAUUCUGUGCAUCGUCAUUUCCCAUGCCGGAGCACACGACCGACUGGAGGGAAUUCGAGAUACGUGGGGAUGGCGGUGCGAUGGAUUCUUUGCCGCCUCCACCAAAACGGGACCCGACAAUGAUCCCUCCAGUCUGGACUGGGGCACCGUUGACAUUCCUCAUCGCUUUGACGAAUCCUACCGAAAUUUGUGGCAAAAAAUGAGAUCCAAUCUGGGAUACACCUACGACAAUUUUCUGAACCAAUUCGACUACUUUUACAUUGCCAAUGACGAUGCCCAUGUCAUUAUCGAAAAUAUGAGACGCUUUCUGGGCGUUCUGGAAAUAAGAGGUCUUACGAACGACAAAAGACCACUCUUGACGGGGAAUAUCAUCAGCCAAAAACCACAUCGUCAAAAGUUUGGACUCUACGUGGGCGGUGGUUCGGGAUACCUGCUCAAUCGACUCGGACUCAAACUGGUCGUCGAAGCCAUGCCUCGAAGGUGUUCUCCCAACGAACAAACGUCCGCGGACGAUCGAUUCCUCGGCAUGUGCUUUUGGCAAAAUAGUGGCGAUGUCACAAUGACGGACAGUGUCGAUGAUACCGGGAGGCCGCGAUUUCACGGCUAUACGCCACACCAAUACUUUGAAGGCAAUCCCAACGAUAUCAAAAAAUCCAAUACGUGGGAGUUUUGGAAACACGGGCCCAAAUACCGAGAAGAUGCAUUUUCCAUUCAGUCCGUGGCAUUGCACAAAUACAAGUACACGAGACACAAGAAACGAGUCCAUGCCAUUAUAUAUCGCAGUUGUCCCAGUGGAACGGUUCUGGGCGAUCUCUUGCCAACGACGACGACGACGACGCAACGGCAGAGCCGGGCUUGAUUGGCGCGAAUCGAACCGAAUGGGUACCGAUACUUGGAUGGAGCAUUGGCUUGCUGGAGCGCAGGGUGCACCGUUGCGUCGUGGUCUUUCGUUGUCACGAUGCCAUCCAUCAAGGGCGAAACUUUUUUCGUUUGCAACAACUGGGAACAUCAACAACUUGGAACGGGCUCCCUUUCCGUCGCUCGUCAUGGCCGUGUCUCAUGUCUCAUGCUCGGUACAACUCGACCCCGACAGCUCAUUAUGGUUCGUUCCCUGCUUGUGCCACUGUAUGACCUGUACAAGGCCCGGUAGGCAGUAAAAAGAGUAAUAAAAGUAAGGCGGUGAUAUUACGAGGAGCCUGAGAUUCGGAGAUCAGGCGAAUCUGAUGAGCGUCGUUGUGAUGUUGUGAUCGAUUCAUUCGCUUGAUUCGAUUCGAUUCGAUUCGAUUCUCCGGGCAAGAGAGAGUGGUGCGCCGUCAAGUAUUUAGCCUUGCCUGUGGAGCUGCGAGUUGCUUCGCGUCGUCUAACUAGCUAGAUCUUGUAGCCCCGGGCUGCCAAACCCAAUCGAGUACUAGUAGCACAUGUAGAGUCCAGUCGUCGAGUUUCCGCACCUAAACAUAAUCCCAUAUCAGUAGUAAGCGGUUCUAGGUGGUGGCAAGGCAAUGGAUGGGCUCUGUUUCGGCAUCCCAUGUUUUCCAACCUUGUCGAAACCCGAUGCCAGUUAACCAACCAACCAACCUAAACAAUUUUAGGCUACCGAACAGUCUGUACUAGCUAGGUACGGUAGCCCCUCAGUCCACUGUUCUCUGCUCCUGAAAGGACCUCAGGAGCUCUUUCCUUCUUCUCUUUGUUUGGAUCCAAGACCGUUACUGGUUUAGGAACGCAGUCUUUUAAAGUCUUAUAGCCUGGCUUCUGCCAGUUUAGAGCCAGUGUUCAGUGUGAUCAGGAAUACAAUUAAUUGUCAUGACAUUGUACUGGUUGAAGACAGCUGGACAGGCAGAAUGACAUAAGGG